AUGGAACACCCAGCUUUCACUCUUGCAGGAUUGUGUGCCGUUGGCGGCACAAUUGGUUACAUCCGCAAAGGAUCCUUCCCUUCUUUGAUCGCGGGCGUGACCUUUACUGCCUUGUAUGGAUACUCCGGAUACUUGUUGAAGCAGAAUGCCGACUGGGGUUUGGAGUUGGCCCUCGGCUCUUCCUCCAUCUUGCUUGCCGCUGGAUUUGCCAGAAGCAAGGCUACCAAGUUCCAAAAGCCAGUGCCAUUGGCGCUUUUGGUAAUUGGCGGGUUGUCCACAUUCUACUACGGAAAGAAGUACAAUGAGUUCUAUCCUCUUUUUUAG